CUUUAAACACGGCUAUUGCCACUAAAACCGUUGCUCUCUCUAAACUCUAAAGACCAUUUUCGCCACGCUCGUUUUGAUUGGAAAUCUUACAUACCUAAAAGCUGGUCUUUUUACGAAGGAACAGUUUUAAAUACAGAGACAACACCAUAAACACAAACAGCUAAAACUAGCAAAGUUUAAUAACUAUAUAAGUGACAAUUGUUUGUACAUAAUGGUUCAUUCUAAGAACGGAUCUACCCUUGAAAAAUCGUGCACGGAUCCUUGCAUUCAUCGACUAUACCAAACCACAAAUAUUAAAGACAACUGCAGCACUAUGGCAAAGUUGAUCGAUGGAAAACAAAUAGCAGCGGAUAUUCGUAGUGAAUUGAGAAAACAAGUCAGCAGUUGGAUAGCACAAGGAAAUCGUGCUCCUCAAUUGACGGCAAUAUUAAUUGGUGACGAUCCAGCUAGUGCUACUUACGUGAACAACAAAAUGAAGGCUGCAGAAGAUGUUGGCAUCAAAAGUGUCACGGAAACAUAUAAGAACGAAAUCACUGAGGAAGAGUUGAUCAAUCGUAUUUACCAAUUGAAUGAAGAUGACGCUGUUGAUGGUAUUCUAGUACAGUUGCCUAUCCCUGGCCAUAUCAACGAACGUAAAGUAUGCAAUUCCGUUUCGUGUGAGAAGGAUGUGGAUGGUUUUAAUGAACGUAAUGUAGGACGCCUGUGCCUUGACAUGAACACAUUGAUUCCAUGCACACCACUCGGAGUACAAGAGCUGUUAAAAAGAGCAAAUAUUGAAACGUUUGGAAAGAACGCAGUAGUGGUAGGUCGAUCCAAAAAUGUUGGAAUGCCUAUUGCUAUGCUGCUGCAUGCUGAUGGUCGUAAUGACACGUGUGCAAUGGAUGCAACGGUUACGAUAUGCCAUCGGUUCACUCCGCCAGACGAAUUGAAACGAUUCUGUCGCAGUGCUGAUAUUAUAGUUACGGCUACUGGCGUUCCUGGUCUAAUUAGGGCGGAUAUGAUAAAGAAAGGAGCUGCUGUCAUUGACGUGGGAAUCACAAAAGUGACCAAUCCUACUACUGGCAAAACAAAACUGGUUGGUGAUGUGGACUUUGAAGAAGCAUGCAAGGUUGCGGGAUAUAUCACACCUGUUCCAGGAGGUGUUGGCCCCAUGACAGUGGCAAUGCUAAUGAAAAAUACAUUCAUUGCAGCAACAAACCUAGCCAAAACAAGAAUUCUAAAUUGAAACCUGUCACCAACUAUUACAGAUGGAUUCAAUCCUCUUUUUGAACCGUGUGUACAAAGUUGUACCAACAGCAUACAGCUCUUACGAAGUAAGACACUAUUAUGCACAAUUAAUGUUCUAACUGAUCAAUAUUGUUAUGCAGUAUUUUGUCCAAUAAUCCUCAUCGAUCGCAUUAUGAAAAUAAAUAAAUCCAGUUUUGUACUAGUUUUUGUUAAACCUGAUUAACAAUUAGUACAGAAAAUAAUCAACUGUUCAUCUUACGGAGUUCUGAACACCACCAAAGACGAUUCAGAAGGGUUGGUUCCUUCCAA